AUUCUUUUAUUAACAUUUCAGAGUUAUAAUUGUUAAUAUAUGGUGAUUAUUAUGGUAAUUAAUACUGAGUCGUUAGGCUCGUCAAAAAAACAUUAAGCUGGCUAAUUAAAUGAAAGAGGAUGGGCUUUCCUUUUUGCAGAUCCGUGGGCGUGGCUUGUUGGUUGACUAAAUCCUUAGUGUUUCAAGUCUUACGAAACCUUUACCCUAACCCACACCCUAACCCCAACCUUACUCUAACCAUCUAAACCACAUAUGUUUGUUAAAUUGCCAAAAAACACGGUUGCGUGAUGACGUCAGACUCGAAACACCAACGAUGCACACUGGCAACAACGGCCACUUCCCAUUCCUGUUAGUCUGUCCCAGUGUGUGUACACACUUAAAUGUAUAAACUUUUCCAUUACAAAAACAGUACAUCUUUUAGUGCAUAUGUAUAAGUAGGCGAAUUGGGACGCAGCAAGAGACUGUGGAACGUAAACUGUAACUCCCUGUCGUAGAACACUCAACGCCCGUCACUGAUUGGCUGAGGUGCCUCACGUGACCCAAGUUGCUUUUUCCGUUUUUCCAAUGGUAGGGCAGCGGAGUUUGAUACCUCUAAAAAAGAAACAUCUCUGACUUCCGAGGUGACGCACAUCACAACAGCGCGCCAGUUUUUAAAACAAAAGUGUAGCAUUUAGAAAAUCACAACAAAUAUUCUGUAAACCGCGAGUCAAAGGUAAAGCGAUGGACGAUCUGACACAACAAGGUGUCCUGGGUCAUUUGAUGGCUCUAGAGAGGGGAGGUUUGGCACGUCAGGACCCACAUCAGUCUGAAAAAUUAGAGAUGCUCAUAGUCACAGCUGUGACCCUCCGUACCAAAAGAGAUCAACUCAAACGUCAGGUAGAGGACAUCAAGAUCCUAAAAGAUAAAAUCAAAAGCGGUCUGCCUUUGGAUGAUGAUGAUGAAGGUCCUGCAGAGCUACAGAGGUCCCUGUUAACCGCUUGGAGAAUGCAGUUAAAAGACCUUCAGCAUGCCCAUCACUUAAUUGGUGGUUACGAUGUGGUGGAAUGUAAGGAAGGGAGAAGCGUGUGUGUGUGCUUUCACACAGCCUUCGAGGGUGUGUACUUGGACACCUAUAACAUGGAGUUGGAUAUGACACGAACUGUGCAGAUCUCUCGCCAUAACAUUCCCCCUUCAAUCCCACUCGAGAGAUUCGCCAAACAGAACCUGCAGAAAGACUUUAAAGCUUUCCUGGAAACACUCAGCCAGAACCUCAAUGCUUUAGCUGCUCGCAAACAACAGCUCUCGCUCAUCAAGGAGCUGGUUGGUUCUGUGGAAGUGAUGGAGAGCAAUCAGUUGUGCAAUACUCUAGUUCUAAUGUGUAAAGCUCAAGGCGAGACGUUUGCGGUGGUUCUAUGCACACUGCAGUACAGAGAUCUCGCACACUAUCUCCCUACACAUGUGUGCAUUGAGAGUGAAGAUGAAACGCUUUCAGAAUCUGAACAGUGGAAGAAGAACCGGGCGCUGUUCUUGGAGUCUCCAGCUCACAUGGCCCUACUGACAAUGAAGAGAAUGGGGAGCAUUGUUUGAGUUAACACCGAGAUG